CAGCACAUGUACUCGCACACACAUACAAUCGCAUCUCUAAAUGUUUAACACUCCCUAUUCAUGGCAACUGCCAACCAUGCCAUGGUGCAUUCGCUAGAAAGGGGAAUCGAACAAUCCAACACAAAACAUGGCAACGAUGUCUGCCGGCAACUACGGUCGCCUCGUCUAUCUACCUACGAAGUGGUUGGUAGCCGAACGAGCAUCAUUUUUUAGCCUCAGUUGAUUCUCGAGAAGCGCAGUUCAGUUGCCUCGACGGUGUGUUUGUCGGGUGAUGGAAGUUGAUUGGAAUAAACUCUGUCGUAUGAAGUUCUACAGCGUUCCGAUGGCUUUAGAACAGCAGGAAAACGUUCGAUUUGCCCGCACAAUUAAACUUUAUCCUUGUCUGUACGAUUUUACCAACAACAGAUAUUCGAGCAGGACAGAAACUGACGCUGCAUGGAGAGCAAUUUCAGCAGAAUUCAACGCACCUGUACGAGACUGCAAACUGCGAUGGAAGAACAUUCGCACUGUUUUCCGAAGGCACAUGUUUGGAGGCAUAGGUCCAGCGCCCAAAAAGGAGUACUAUUUGAACAGAGAGCUCAGGUUUAUGUUACCGUUCAUGAAAGUAUCGAAAACCCAUCAAGAUGACACUUCAAAAUUGGAAGAUGACGAAACGGAGGUGUCCGUUAUGGUGGAAAUGGAGACGAACGAUACGGAGUCUAAUGAUCCUUCUGCAUCACGGGCUCCAUCGGAAUCACAGAUUCCGGUAAACAGCCUUCAGGAAUCGCAUCCAGAGCAUCAGGAAUUUCAAAAUGAUCCUAUUCAAAGGCAUAACUAUCUGGAUCCUGCCAAUGAAGCUGUUAAGUCCACUUACAAUUACCAGACUCGAUUACCAUCCAGAUCAGAAAGUGAGUACGGAGAGUACAUGCAAGAUGAUUUGGCUGCAAAAUCGGAUGAAUUUUUCUUGCUCAGUUUGAAAGAUGACAUGCGACGCAUGAAUAUGACACAAAAACGCAAAUUUAAACGAAGAAUUUUCGAUAUAAUUGAUGAGGUAAUGAUGGGUGACGAACUAACAACGACCAAUAGUGUGAAUCGCGAAUCAACCAAUGAACAGCUAGCGCAACAGUCAAUCGUGAAAGUAGAAGAAAAUGAGUUCUGAGUUUUGAGAGCAAGUUAAGAUAGCUUUAAUAAAUACAUUUUGACUAGUAGAA